CACCUACCUGCUCCACCUACCUGCCCUACUUGGCCUCACGGGCCACCGGCGCUGUCUCUGUCGCCAUGGCCGUGGCUUCCUCCCGACGCUCCUCCAAGAGCCUGGCCUCCACCGCCUCCGCCGACAAGGGGCGCUGGUCCAAGCUGAAGACCUGCGUCUGCGCGGCGUCGGCGUCGCUGGGGCGGGAGAAAUCGCGGCUCUUCCAGCUGGAGCAGAGGUACGUGCAGCGAGCAUGCAAAGUGGCGGAGAAGGAGGACCUCGUCGACGACUUGGAAGCGCAGGCCGAUGCUUCGCAGGUGCGCCUGGCCGAGCGCCGCGACGCCUUCGUGCGGAACGAGCUGGCGGUGUCCCAGGAGCUGCAGGCGCUGCAGGCCAGCGCUCGGGAGGCCCAGCGGCUCCAGGCAGUGCUGGCCGAACGGCACCAGGAGGUCUUGCGCCAGGAGAAGCAGCAAGUGCGCCUGCGAGCGCGCCUCAGCAAGCGACUCGAGCGAGUUGAAGAGGCCGCUUUGCACCUCUCAGAGGAGCGGCUGAAGUGGCAAGAGGGUGGUGAGGCUGAACGGCGGAAGCCACCGCUGCGGCAGCUUCAAGAGGAGGCGGAGCAGAUUCGUGGCAAGCUGCCCCUACGGCGCCAAUCGUUGGCAGAGGCGAAGAGAAGUGGCCAGGAGCUGCGGGAGGACGUUCAGAGGUGGCAAGGUCGCUUGGAGCCCUUGCGACACGAGCUGCAGAUGAAGGAGGCGGACCUGGACGAGCGCUUCGCCGCGCUCCACCAGCGGAGGGAAGAGCUGACGAAGCGCGAGACACGCUGGAGCGAGCGCCACGCGGAGCUGCAGCAGUUGGGCGCGGCCGCCGGCGCGGCGCGGCAGCGGAAGGGCGCCCUGGCGACGGAGCUGGAGGAGCUCUUGGAGGAGAUUCGACAACGUGAACAGAUGUUGCAGGAGAUCAAGAACAAAAAGGGAAGCAAGAUGAGUGUGCUGCGCGAUGAUCUGACGGCGGCGCAGCUGGCGGAAGAUGCCUGGCGGGAACGCUGUGAAGGCUUGGAAGCGCGACAGCAAGAGCUCUUGGACCAGAUCCGCGUGGCUUCACGCCCAGAUGAAGGACCAUGAAGGAGGCGGUGACCGGACAGACAUCACCGCGACGGGAGGGUUUCAGGCCUGCCGGUGCCCAAAGUGGCAUCCUGGGUCCGAGAGGAAGAGAGCCAGGAAAAAGGAGACUUGCGAAGUGGUUCGAGAGGUGAUGCAGGUGGAAGACCACUGGAAG